AUGCCCAAGGAGAAGUCUACUCGCGGCAAGGGCAAGGCCGCCAAGGCCGAUUCUGGCAAGAAGAAGAAGGACCCCAACGCACCCAAGCGCGGUCUUUCUGCCUACAUGUUCUUCGCCAACGACCAGCGCGACAAGGUCCGUGAGGAGAACCCCGGCAUCAAGUUCGGCGAGGUCGGCAAGAUGCUUGGUGAGAAGUGGAAGACCCUCUCCGAGAAGCAGCGCCAGCCCUACGAGGCCAAGGCCGCCGCUGACAAGAAGCGGUACGAGGAGGAGAAGGUCGCCUACGCCAACGCUGCCGAGGAGGAGGAAGAGGAGUCCGAAUAG